ACAGUCACUUCCGGUGUGCGCAGGCAUCUCCCCGGGAUGAUUGGAAACAGCGUCUGGAACGUUACUGGGAUACAGAAACGGGUUUUUCAAUCGGCUUUUUAUAUACUUUGAAUCGAAGUCUCUCAGAAUGGCUUUACCUCCGGAGAAAGUUGCCGAACUGAAGCAGAUAAUUCAUACACAGUUAGCCCAGAUGGACAUCGAGGCACACAUCCGUGGAGUUAUGGAUGAGAUCAUGGCAGGGCAGGAACCUAUGGAUCGUGUGAGUGAGAAAGACAUGAUUGAGAAAUUACGCAAAAGAGGCAUCGUUGACGAUAUAAUGAACAAUCUCCAGUUUUGUGGUACUGUGCCAGGAGAAAAACCUGCAGUGAGAUUUACUGAUCUUGAAAAUGAUAUUUCACAUGGUUUGGUAAAGAAAGCAAAUAUUGAUCCAUCCCGUCGCUAUUUGUAUUUCCAAAUACAUGGAGGCAAAGCUUUUAUGGACCAGCUGAUGGAGGAAGAUGCAGGUCAGAUGUCUACAUCCUCUUUCACACUUCAUUUGCACUUUCGUGGUCAGAGAUUCAAGUCACGACCAGUGCCAUGUGCCUGUGAACCAGCAUUCAGUGAGGGCUUUCUACUAGAACUGCAUAAAGAUGGGGCAGGAGAUGCAGGAAAGAUGGCAGAUAUGGGAUCCAUGCUGUCCCUGUGUGACCCAAUACACAUUGUUUUAAUUAAAACAUUACCAAUGGGAGAUGCUUCUAUUGUAACGUCCAACUUUUUUGAAUGGCGCUCUCUCCUUGCAGCCAAGAAUGGUCGCAUGGUUGUAUCUAUAGAACUUAAGGGAACAGGCCCAGAAAGCAAAGUGCCUAUAGGGAUUCUCGAUGCAGAAUUGGAACUGUUUCCAAAAGUCAAACAGGUGUUGGAAGAAGGUGUUGUCCGAACACAGCUGAAUCUUGAGCGCAGCCAGCAGGCAGAGCUAAAUCGUCGCUUUCUCGAGUAUGCCAAACACUGGUGGCGAGAAUUCCUCAAUAUCAAACCAGCUCAUUCUGAUCGUCUCAUCAAGAUCUUUUCUCUUGAUGAAAACAGCAACUACAGACCUGUGUGCUCCUACAUAACACCUUUACGUGCUGGCCGAUUGCUGGACUCUCCCAGACAAGCUAUGCGUUUUGUGUCACUCCUUCGCUAUGAAAAGCAGCAAGCAUUAGGUGGAGGUGAUAAGUUGGAACAGUGGUCUAGUUUACAUGCUUUCCUGGCCAGAAAUAAAGGGGAUUGUGAGGACCAUGCCACUCUGUUAUGCAGUCUCCUUCUUGGUUUUGGGCUGGAUGCUUACGUCUGCUUUGGUACCAAGAUUAAGGGUGCUGUUCAUGCCUGGGUGAUGACUAUCAGUGCAGAUGGGCUCGUGACAUUUUGGGAAAGUCUCAAUGGACACAGAUUUGUUCACGAGCCUAUCAACCCAAUGGCUCCACCAAUGGACAAGCGGGAGAGACCAAGCCAUCCAUAUAAAACUAUUGGCUGUGUUUUCAAUCAUCAGAGCUUCUAUGCUAAUUGUCAGCCAAGUGACAGGGUGGAGGAAUGCCGCUUUGAUCUGCAGAAUGGAUCUUUGUGGAAGAGCAUGGCCAGUGAGCUGCUAGUAUCAGUGUGUGGGCCUGGCUGCAACCCACUGUGGCCCUCUCCCCCGCCGUUAUGUGGAUCAUCCAUUGAUCCUCCAGUGGUGAGCAAUGACCUUGAAGUGCAGUUGCGCAAACUGGUGGCCCAGCAUCGACAGGACCAGGGGCUGACAACGCUGUGGGAUGACCAGCUGAGCUACAUUUUGACUCCUGCCUUAGCAGCAUAUGAGACAGAAAGGGUCACAGGUGUCACUGCUGGUAAUGAGGAAUUCCAGGAUGCAGUACGGCAGGCUGUGCCAGAAGGACACACUUUUAAGGGCUAUCCCAUUCAGUUCACACACAGAAAUGCCCGCAAGAUUUUUGUCACUUGCCUUAAGGCACCUGUGUGUGAAGAAAUCAUCAACUGUAGAGGAGACCAGAUCCGGCUGGCAGUUCGUGUGCGCAUUUUUCCAUAUCCGGAAUCAGCUUGCGCAACGUGGAUCAUGUUUGCUUGCAAGUACAAGUCAGUUCUGUGAACAUAUCCACGUUCAUCCACCUGACUUCAUUCAAAUGGCAACUAUUCUCGGUGAACUGUUCAACCUGUUGUGAAAUAACCACAAUUUGAUUUCCUGAAUUGUUUCUUUCAACCUUGCCAUAUUUUUUCCCAUGAAGACCUAUCCCUGAAUGGGACUUUUAUUUUGUUGGUGAGUUCUAUGCUAGAACAUGGGCAUGAAAACAAGACUUACAAGGAAACUACUGGUAAACUGAGUGUAUAGUCUUGUGUGAAACUAACACUUUGGCUGCUAGAACCUGAUUUGGCCUUGACUAAUGCAGAGACCUUAUCUGCAGCUUUUGCUAGCAGCCUGGAGGUGAUUCAGCAAAUUUUGUGGGAUUAUCUAUUUCACUUGUGAUAUAAACCAAACUGGCUGGCAAUCAGUAUUACAACAAUGUAACCACGGUUGAGGACCAUGGGUUAUUUUUAGUUAGUUUUUAUUAAAGACUGGUAGCAUAUGCUGUGAACCACCAAAGGAAGACAAGGAGUUUAUGUGGUUUACUCUAGCACUUCUGUUUGUGCAGUUUCGUACUGUGAAUGUUUGUAACAAAUUGUGGGCUCAAAUAAAGUCUACCAUGAUCUCUUUUUGUGAUGUUGCAUGCUUUAGAUGUGUUACUGUGCACUUAGCUGCUGUGGUAAUCAGGUUGUGUAUUGGUCUAUUUUCAUACAAAUGUGUUGAUGAUGCGAUUUAACAAACUGCUUCAGGACAAAUGCUGUCACCCAACCUGUUGGCUUUAUGUGGAGUGUGCAAGGUGGGAACUUUAUUAAUGUUCCAGUACAAUGAAUCAGGCAUUUUGCAUGGAAUGAAAGCAGUUUUUCUACCUGUAUGUCAGGGAAGUGGGGAGUAGAAAUAUUUUGCUAGUCAGACUGCAUUGCCAGUUCGUAUUUGAAUAUAGAUAAGGAUGUGAUCAGUUUGUUUUCAGAGAUAUAUAUAGUUCGAGAUUUAUGUUUGUUACGUUUUAGUUUCAGUCGGCAUUAUUCCUCAUUUUUUCUGUAAAUUUUUUAAAUUUGAGAGACCUUUUCAGUUUUGUUUUUUUCUAGCUGAUUAUAUCAUGUAUGAUUUUCUGAUGACUGAUGCAGAAAAUGUACUGACCACAGUGAUUUUCAUUUACAGUGAUAAAAGGAAUGUUAAUUUUUGGAAAGAAUGCCUGAAUUGUUGCAUUAUGAUCAGAGCUGUGGCUACUUGGUGCUUACUAUUUCAGGUUUAGGAGAAGCUGUUAUUUUGUUGUGCAGAUUUGAUGUAUAUAGGCAUUUGCUGUAAUGUAGUUAUACCAUAAAAUACCUCCUUGUGAUGUGGACAUAUACAUGAAUAUAGGCUUUGGCUGAAUGGGAAAGUGAACAUCUGCCAUUGACAAGACAAACAUUAUUUUUAACUUGUUCCAUAACAAGACCACCUUUUUUGACCUGUGGAACUUUCUGACAGCUGGUGAAAUUUGUGCUGAACUGUCCUGUGAACACUGGAUAAAUGCCAUAACCAUGGAACCUGCUUCUUGGGCUGCCUACUCCUGUGUAGCUUUAUUCAUUCUUUGACAUGAACUUGUAAAAGUAUAAAAACGUAAAAAAAGGUUAAGGCAGUUUUUAUACUUUAUUAAUGUGUUGAAUUGGUGUUUUUUUUACACAAAUUAAGCUAAGUAUGUCUGAGGGCAGUGUUUGUAUGCCACUUAAUAAAUGGCACUGCAUGUAGCUUUCUACACUAUAUUACUGAAGAGAAAUAUCUUUGAACCUUUGAAAAAUCUACCUAAGCUAAUUAUUCCCUGCUAUACAUCAAACCUGGACAACUGUCUUGUGGACGUAGUGCUUUCUGUAAACUGUGCUCAGUGUGAUUCCCACAACCCUAUGUCUCCAGUCUUUUCAAGAAAAUGUGUUUUGCUGGAUAUGCAUUUUUUGUUUUAUAUACAGUGCAAAUCUUGCUGUUUAUCUUGAUAUUUUUGCAUUAAAAAGAAAAACCUGAAUGAUAUGCUCAGUUGUCUU